GGAGGUGAACUCUCUUCUUGCCCUCCCCUGGCCAGGUCGAAUCAAGUACUCGGAGCGAGUCUACGACGCCUGCAUGGACACCUUCGACUGUCUUCCCCUUGCUGCCCUCCUGAACCAGCAGUUCCUCUGUGUGCAUGGAGGCCUCUCCCCAGAGAUCACCUGUCUAGAUGACAUUAGGAAAUUAGACAGGUUCAAGGAGCCUCCAGCCUUUGGCCCAAUGUGUGACCUGCUCUGGUCUGAUCCCUCAGAGGAUUAUGGCAAUGAGAAAACCUUGGAGCACUUUGCCCACAACACUGUCAGAGGCUGCUCCUAUUUCUACAGCUACCCUGCGGUCUGCGAGUUCCUGCAGAACAACAGUUUGUUAUCUGUAAUCCGAGCUCACGAAGCCCAGGACGCAGGGUACCGCAUGUACAGGAAGAGCCAGACCACAGGCUUCCCAUCGCUCAUCACCAUCUUCUCUGCACCCAAUUACUUAGAUGUCUACAACAACAAGGCUGCUGUACUCAAGUACGAAAACAACGUCAUGAACAUCAGGCAGUUCAACUGCUCCCCACACCCCUACUGGCUCCCCAACUUCAUGGAUGUCUUCACGUGGUCUUUGCCUUUUGUUGGGGAAAAGGUCACAGAGAUGCUGGUCAACAUCCUCAACAUCUGCUCUGACGAUGAACUGAUUUCAGAUGGGGAUGAGACAUUGGAAGAUCACUACAUUUCAAGCUAUCCGAAAGGUGGGACAACGGUGAGGAAGGAGAUCAUCAGGAAUAAGAUCAGAGCCAUUGGGAAGAUGGCAAGAGUCUUCUCAGUCCUGAGGGAGGAGAGUGAGAGUGUGCUGACCCUCAAGGGCCUGACUCCCACAGGUACCCUGCCCCUGGGAGUGCUCUCAGGGGGGAGACAGACCCUGCAGACCGCCACAGUAGAAGCGGUAGAGGCACGGGAAGCCAUCCGAGGGUUUUCACCCCAGCACAAGAUCCGCAGCUUCGAGGAGGCUCGGGGGCUGGACCGCAUCAACGAGCGGAUGCCUCCCCGCAAGGAUUCUCUGCACGGGGACGGGCAGGUGACCUUGGUCAGCACCACCACAAACUCUGCCGACAAGAAAGCCCAGUGAGGGCCCCCCAGCGGCUGCCAGACCCCGACCUUGAGGAGUUUUAUUUAUUUAUUAUUAUUAUUAUUAUUAUUGUUAAUUAUUAAUUAUUGUUAUUAUGAAGGGGGGGAGGGG